GCUCGUGGACACUUUAAACGUGGACGCGGAAAUAACCGCAACAAAGGGCCAAAAAGGGGCUAUAAAAAUCCAAAUGGAUCAUCCUCCAAGGGAAAAGGGAAAUUCAAACCACCACAGGCUAAAACUCAUGAAAAGCCAAAACCAAGUGGUGAAUGGAAAAGGAAAAAAUGUGGAGGCUAAUUAUGCUGAUGAUAUCAAUCCAAUUUUUCCUAAAUUUGAUGUGUCCGAUUUCUACAUGGAUGAUGCUGAAAUUGGUGAUGAGGUGGCCUUUGGUGGAACUACUACUGUUUAAAUAUUUUAAUUUACGCUGUUAUGGUGUGUUUACUUUUAAAAUAAAUGUUUAAAAUCUGUACUUUAAUUUUCAUGUGUACUUGUAUUAUUAUGUCUGUUCUAAAAAAUUAUAAUAAAAUGUAUGAUAUUUGUGUUAAUUAUCUUGAACUUAUAUUUAUUUAUAUUCAAGAUAUGGAGAUAACUGCUUAUGGCUCCAGU